AUGUACCAGUACGUGGGUAAUGCACCUCAAUACUGCAGCUUUGACAAUCAUCAUUCUAUUUCCUGUUGUCCUUGUGCAUCUCAUAGCCAAACACGCACUAGUCCUCUUUCUCAAAACUUAAAUAGCUCUGAUUUUCUAAGUUGUAACCUUCCUCAAAAUUGUCCUCCCACCCAAUCCGUCGGGCUGUACUACCAGACUAUAGCUGCCAUCCCAAAAGAGCUAAUCAAUGACAAAUUUUGUCCACGAGUAGUCUAUCUUUCCAGCCACGGCAUGCCUUUAUUUGCUCCAUAUGAAGAUAAUGCCAAAAACUCAAUCAAAAGAUCAACUAGCGAGGAUUUCAGACUAAGCACGGAUAGACAUGGGCAUUUAAAUUCAAUGUCGUUGCUAAUAUGCUUGCUGGUUCUGGUAGUAUUUAUUGGUACUUAUGUUUUCUGUGAUUUAUUGAGUGGUAGUACAUCAAAAUAA